UGAGUGUUAAACGCUACCGGAUGCGUCACAUUUAUACAUCCUGUGAUAUAUCGGGCUCAUUGUUCUAUUUGUGCGUGUACUCUGUGCACGCACUCUACAACAUUACCUAUUGCGUCAGUAGUUGCGUCGUGCACUGCAUUGUUGUGGUGGGGGGCUCGAGCAUGCAGUUGCUGCCUCUAAACGGUUCCAGGCUAUAGGGAGGAAGCCAAUUCAGAUCAAUGAGCAAAUACUUUUAUACGCAUGAUAGAACCCAAUCUAGUAUUUAGCAAGACGCAGAGAGCUCCCAACUGCAUUCUUGUCAUUUACUACUGAAAAAGCCUAAGCAUCUCCCGUUGAAUGAGAACAUUGUUUACGCGGAAUUACAGUCUCUGAGCAGGCCACAUCGCCAUUGCUUCCAAAGGCUUUUGACAAGCUUUUCUAUCUGUUACAACCAGCAAAGCUUUUUCUAGCUCUGAGGUGUGUGUGCUUUUUUUUAUUUUUCCGAUGCAUUUUGUCAUGGAUUAUGAAGCGCAUAGUCGCCAGCUGCUAGUUUGCUAGAAAGAACCAUAACAUCCUCGGGAACGGACCAAAUGAUAGCUGGAAGUUGGCCCAUUCAAAUUUCUUCACCAGUUGAUGCUUGUCUAGAUUGUCCUGGUGUUUGUCUCCUGGUUACCACACCCUUAGGAGCUGUUCAGGUGUCGAGGAUGAGGAAGAAGGCUCGGCACCACAGGGUCCCCGUGCCCCAGCGGCCACCCUCCCCAAUCCGGCCGUCCCCCAACAAACAGACUCUGACCUAUGCCCAGGCCCAGCGCAUGGUGGACAUGGAGAUUGACGGCCGGGUGCACCGGAUCAGCAUCUACGACAAGCUGGAUGUGAUCUCGGAUGAUGAUCCUAUGGCGCAGGAGAUUAUGGAGUGCACCAGCAACAAGGAGAACAUGGAGAAGCCUCAGCAAACACUGAUGCGCUCCGUCCGGUUAAAAAACAGCCAGGAGAAGAGGAGUGCAGCUACGGUCGCACAGAACCACACAACACAUGGAGCUACAGCAGCACAGGCAGCACCAGCACAGACACUUCCAGAGGCCAAACUCCGGACUGUGGAGUAUAACCUUCCAGCUGUCCCCAGGAGACCCCCAGUGUAUUAUAAGUAUGUGGAGAAGACGUCAGAGGAGCUGGAUGAGGAGGUGGAGUAUGAUAUGGACGAGGAGGACUACGCCUGGCUGGAAGUAGUUAACAAUAAGAGGAGGAGUGAGGGCGUCAGUCAGGUGUCCCACAAUGUGUUUGAGUUCCUGGUGGACCGCUUUGAAAAGGAGACCCAGAUGGAGAAGGAGGGCCAGGACAAGCUGACCAUAGACGAGGACGCUGUCUGCUGCAUCUGCAUGGAUGGAGAUGGCCAGGAUAGCAACGUCAUCCUCUUCUGUGACAUGUGCAACCUGGCCGUGCACCAAGAGUGUUACGGUGUCCCUUACAUCCCAGAGGGACAGUGGCUGUGCCGGCACUGCCUCCAGUUGCCCACCCAGCCCGCAGGCUGCAUACUGUGUCCUAAUAAAGGCGGAGCAGUGAAAAAGACUGACGAUGACCGCUGGGGUCAUGUGGUGUGCGCCCUGUGGGUGCCGGAGGUAGGGUUUUCCAACACGGUCUUCAUCGAGCCCAUCGACGGAGUCAGCAACAUUCCGUCCGCCCGCUGGAAGCUCACCUGCUACCUCUGUAAGGAGAAGGGGGUGGGGGCCUGUAUCCAGUGUCACAAGGCUAACUGCUACACCGCCUUCCACGUCAGCUGUGCUCAGAAAGCCGGACUCUUUAUGAAGAUGGAACCUAUCAAGGAGGUUACGGAGACCGGCGAACCAACAUUUUCGGUGAAGAAGACUGCUUACUGCGGGUCUCACACCCCCAACAGCUCGGUCAAGAGACCCCUCACCAUCUACGAGGACACCAAACCCCAAAAUGGAUUGUGUUCCCCUCUGAAAGGGGAGAAGUGGAGGGGCGCCAAAGCACUGAUGAAAGGCAGGAAGAUGAAGAGCAAGAAGGUGGAGACAGAAAAAGAGGUCCCACCCGUGGCUGUGCCUAGCUUUCCUCCCCAAAGGUUAAACACCAUCCUCAACCGGGUGUCUAUGCAGAAGAAGAAGGCGUUUGUGGAGCUGGCUCUAAACUACUGGACUCUAAAGAGACAGGCGAGGAACGGCGUACCCCUCAUCAGACGACUACAGUCCAGCCAACAGUCCCACCAGAAGACCCAUGCUGCACUGCCGAAGGAGAGUGAGGAGGAGAGCCGGGCUCUGAAGGAGCAGCUCAAGGAGUGGCAUCGUCUAAGACUUGACCUGGAGAGAGCCAGGCUAUUGCUGGAGCUCAUACGCAAGAGGGAGAAACUCAAGAGAGAAGAGAUGAAGCUGCAGCAGAGCCUGUUGGAGGUCCAGCUGACUCCCUUCAGUAUCCUGCUCAGGUCUGUGCUGGAACAGCUACAGGAGAGAGACCAGUCCAAUAUCUUUGCCCAUCCUGUCGACAUCAAAGAGGUGCCUGACUACCUUGACCACAUCAGGAACCCCAUGGACUUUGCCACUAUGAGGAAACGCAUUGACGACCAGGCCUACAGCAACCUGAAUGACUUUGAGUCCGACUUCAACCUCAUCAUCUUCAACUGCAUGAAGUACAACUGUAAGGAUACCUUCUUCCACCGGGCGGCCGCCCGUCUCCGAGACCAGGGUGGGGCUUUGAUCAGGAAGACGCAGAAGGAUGUGGAACGAAUCGGCUUCGAGAAGGACGGUGGGAUGCACCUUUCCGAACCGCCCAAGAUCGAAGCGCCUCCGCGGUUUUCCUGGGAGGAUGUGGACCACUUAUUGGUCCCAGCCAACCGGCAGCACAUGCCUCUGGAGGAGCAGCUGAAAGAGCUGCUGGAAAAACUGGACAUGACGUACUGCAUGAAGUCUAGUCCGUCGCGCUCCAAACGCCUCAAGCUGCUCAAGAAGACCAUCAACAACGUGCGCAGUGAGAUGAGCCUCAGCCUUAGGAGGGCCUCCCACCACUCACAUUUGUACUUGUCUUCCUCCCACUGGUCAUCCCAUCCAGAAAGGAGUAAAGCUGGGGAGGCAGACGGGGUGAAGACCAAUGGACAGAGCCCUGAUAACAAGGGGGACAAAUCAUUACCUCCCAAAUUGGAACCCUCUGACUCCCUUCCUACUUUCCUGCACUUCGAGAGUAACCCAGAACCCCCUACCCUUAAACCCAUCCACCCCAACCCCACUCCGGACAGCAAGACCCACGGACAGGUCAAAUUUGACCGGGAGAAACCCAACAACACAUUCUCAACCACUACCAAGACCCUUCUCAAUGGCCACUCUGAGUCCCAGAACCCCCUGCUUCUCUUAGAGGGGGGCGUGAGUGUGGUGGCCACCUCCACCCUGGCCCAACCCUCGGGGACGACUGUCAGCCGCCGCACUGCCGUGCUCUUCAGAAAGUCCAAGACCUCUAGCCCUGGGAAGAACCAGGGGGGGAGAGGAGGAGGCAAGGCCCAGACAGGGUGCCCUCAGCUGGGCACCAAGACCUUCCUGUCGGUGAUGAUCCCCAGGCUGGAGACCCUCCUCCACCCCAGGACCAGGAAGAGGAGCCACAGUCCCAGCGUGGGGAUCAGCGAGGGGGGUGGAGACGGGGAGGACGAGUCCCCUGUCAAACACAUUGACACAGGCCUGUCUAAUGGUUUUGUGAUGGAGGAGGUUAUUGAUGAAGAGAAGGAGCUAAGUGCCAGCAGGCCUCUAGAAACCAGGAGACGGUGUGCCUCUGAGUCCAGCAUCUCAACUAGUGGUAGUCUGCUGGGCAGCACCAGAAGGCAGUCUGACUCAGUGUGGAUGCCUAUUCCUGAUUUCAGCAGCACCCUCAGUCUUCCAACAUGUGGUAAGGGCAAACCGGCCCUGGUCCGAAGAAACACUGUGGAUGAUAAGAACGAGCUCAUUGCCUGUAUAGAAACUGGGAACUUUGCCAGAGCUGCUAGGAUUGCUGCCGAAGUUGGCAAUAACAAUAUUUGGAUGCCUGCUAGUGCUGCAACAGUUGUUCUGGAACCUCUAAAGCUAGUUUGGGCAAAAUGUAGCGGAUACCCUUCCUAUCCUGCCUUGAUCGUUGACCCCCACAUGCCCCGGAUGGCAUGCCAGCACAACGGGGUGUCUAUCCCUAUGCCUCCCCUCGAUGUCCUCCGGGUCGGAGAACGGAUGCAGUACAAGAACGAAGAAAAGCUCUUCCUCGUCCUAUUCUUCGACAACAAACGCAGCUGGCAAUGGCUUCCUAAGUUUAAGAUGGUCCCUCUGGGGAUCGACAAGACCAUCGACAAGAUCAAGAUGAUGGAGGGCAGAUCAUCCAGCAUCCGUAAGGCUGUUCAGACUGCCUACGAACGUGCCAUGAACCAUCUUAGCAUCGUCCAGGACGAACCUGUCAGCGACAUGAGCGACGUGGACUAACACACACACAGACAGACAAACACACCCAACCCUUGAAUUACUGCUCAUGGUCUUGUCCCGGACCUGAGCCUGGCCUACACUUCUUCCUUCUCCUCUUUGUCAGUCUUUCCAAAAGUCUAUGCUGGCUGUGUUUACCAGGUGCCUGGCUACCCCCCUGGCUUGGUAUGGUGCCCCCUUUCCAAAACAGCCCUCGCCCGCUGGUCUGACGACUGCUGCUUUAAAGAAUGUGCCCCAGUUCCCCUCCUAUCUACUUUUCUCCAUGGUCGUGUUCAUGAUGCACCAAAUGGAAGAAAACAACUCACUCAUCUCGCCUUAUCAGUGGUGGAAAAAGUACCCAACUAUCAUUCUUGAGGAAAAGUAAGGACAAUAGAAUUACUCAAUUACUCAAUAGACAAUAAAAUUACUCAAGUCACCUAGUAAAAUUCUACCUGAGUAAAAGUAUUUGGUUUAAAAUAUACUUAAGUAUCAAAUUCCUUAUAUUAAGCAAACCAAAUGGCACCAUCUUUUUUAACGGAAAAGGGGACACUCCAACAUUCAGACAUAAUUUACAAAUGAAGCAUGUGUGUUUAGAGAGUCCCCCAGAUCAGAGGCAGUAGUAGUAUAAAUAGUAAAGUACAGAUACCCCAAAAAACGACUUAAGUAAAAAUACUUGAAAGUACUACUUAAGUGCUUUAAUCCACUGCACCUUAUGCCAUUUAUUUCCACUAAAAACUACCUACUACAUUGUUAUGUUAACUCUGUAAAUAACUGCAAUAUUUGUCUGACACACUAACUUAUUUUGUAGAUUGAAUGAAAUUUGUACUGCACUAUGGAUUUUCUUACUAGUAUUUAUACUUUUUGGUGAAGUAUGUAAGCACUACGGUGUGGUAUUUCGAAGUGCUAUAAAAAUAAGACAAGUGUAAAAAACCUUAGCAGUAUAAAAUAAUGGGGAUUUUUUUUAAGUAUAUCCUUAAACAUUUUUUGUAUUUUAUUUUAAGUUAAUGAAGUUUAUAAAAUAUAAACUUACCUUUGGCAUUAUUCCUUCUGUAAUCAAAUGUUUAAACUUUUUUUUUUUUUACAAUAGUUUUACAAUAUUUUUGUUUGUCCAUAGUAUUCAGACUGCCUGACUUUCUCCACAUUUUGUUAGGUUAUAGCCUUAUUCUAAAAUUGAUUAAAUAGUUUCCCCCCCUAAAUCUUCACACAUUACCCCGUAAUGACAAGACAGAAACAGUUUAUUUUUAUUUUUUUGUAAUAUCACAUUUACACAAGUAUUCAGACCCUUUAUCCAGUACUUUGUUGAAGCCCCUUUGGCAGCAAUUACAGACUUUUAGUCUUCUUAGGUAUGACGGUACAAGCUUGGCACACCUCUAUUUGGAGUUUCUCCUGCUCAGGAUCAAGUCCGGGCUCUGGCUGGGCCACUCAACGACAUUCAGAGACUUGUCCCGAAGCAACUCCUGCGUUGUCUUGGCUGUGUGCUUAGGGUCGUUGUUCUGUUGGAAGCUGAACCUUGGCCCCAGUCUGAGGUCCUGGGGGCUCUGGAGGAGGUUUUCAUCAAGGAUCUCUCUCAUCUUUCCCUCGAUCCUGACUAGUCUCCCAGUCCCUGCUGCUGAAAAACAUCACCACAGCAUGCUUUACCAUAAAGAUGGUGCCAGGUUUCCUCCAGACAUGACGCUUGGCAUUCAGGCCUUAGAGUUCAAUCUUGGUUUCAUCAGCCUAGAGAAUCUUGUUUCUCAUGGUCUGAGAGUCUUUAGGUGCCAUUUGGCAAAUUCCAAGCGUGCUUUCAUGUGCAUUUUACAGAUGAGUGGCUUCCGUCUGGUCACUCUACCAUAAAGGCCUGAUUGGUGGAGUGCUGCAGAGAUGGUUGUCCUUCUGGAAGGUUCUUCCAUUUCAACAGAGGAACUCCAGAGCUCUGUCAGAGUGACCAUUGUGUUCUUUGUAGCCUCCCUGACCAAGUCUCUUCUCCCCCUAUUUGUCAGUUUGGCUGGGCGGCCAGCUCUAAGAGUCUUAGUCUUUCCAAACUUCUUCCAUUUAAGAAUUAUUGAGGCCACUGUGUUCUUGGGGACCUUCAAUGCUGCAGACAUUUUUUGGUACCUUUCCCCAGAUCUGUGCCUCAACACAACCCUGUCUCGGAGCUCUACGGACAAUUCCUUCCACGUCAUGGCUUAGUUUUUGCUCUGACAUGCAUUGUCAACUGUGGGACCUUAUACAGACAGGUGUGUGCCUUUCCAAAUCAUGUCCAAUCUAUUGAAUUUAACACAGGUAGAUCCAAUCAAGCAAGCAAAAGUUCUGAAUACUUAUGUAAAUAAGGUGUUCCUGUGUUAUUUUAAUACAUUUUUUAAAAAAUCUAAAAACCUUUUUUAAUUUGGAUAUUGUGUGUAGAUUGCUGAGGAUUUGUUUUAAUUUAAUACAUUUUAGAAAUAAGGCUGUAACGUAACAAAGUGUGAAAAACGUCAAGGGGUCUGAAUACUUUGCGAAUGCACUUUGUAUGUAUACAGCUCUGGAAAAACUGAAGAGACCACUGCAAAAUGAUCAGUUUUACUAUUUAUAGUAAAAUGUGUUUGGGUAAAAUGAACAUUUUUGUUUUAUUCUAUAAUCUACUGACAACAUUUCUCCAAAAUUCCAUUUAGAGCUUUUAUUUGCAGAAAAUGACAACUGGUCAAAAUAACAAAAUCGAUGCAGUGUUGUUGUCAGACCUCGUAUAAUGCAAAGAAAGUAAGUUAAUAUACAUUUUUAAACAACACAAUAUUAAUGUUUUAACUUAGGAAGAGUUCAGAAAUCAAUAUUUGGCGGAAUAACCCUGAUUUUCAAUCGCAACUUUCAUGCGUCUUGGCAUACUCCACCAGUCUUUCACAUAGAUGUUGGGUGACUUUAUGCCACUCCUGGCACAACAGCUUGGAAAAUUCCAGAAAAUUAUGUCAUGGCUUUAGAAGCAUCUGAUAGGCUAAUUGACAUCAUUUGAGUCAAUUGGAGGUGUACCUGUGGAUGUAUUUCAAGGCCUACCUUCAAAUUCAGUGCCUCUUUGCUUGACAUUAUGGGAAAAUCAAAAGAAAUCAGCCAAGACCUCAGAAAAAAAAUUGUAGACCUCCACAAGUCUGGUUCAUCCUUGGGAGCAAUUCCCAAACGACUGAAGGUACCACGUUCAUCUGUACAAACAAUAGUACGCAAGUAUAAACACCAUAAGACCAAGCAGCCGUCAUACCGCUCAGGAUGGAGACGCGUUCUGUCUCCUAGAGAUGAACGUACUUUGGUGCAAAAAGUGCAACUCAAUCCCAGAACAACAGCAAAGGACCUUGUGAAGAUGCUGGAGGAAACGGGUACAAAAGUAUCUAUAUCCACAGUAAAACUAAUUCUAUAUCGACAUAACCUGAAAGGCCGCUCAGCAAGGAAGAAGCCACUGCGCCAGAACUGCCAUAAAAAAGCCAGACUACAGUUUGCAACUGCACAUGGGGACAAGGAUUGUAAUUUUUGUAUAAAUGUCUUCUGGUCUGAUGCAGCAAAAAUAAUAACUGUUUGGCCAUAAUGACCAUCAUUAUGUGUGGAGUAAAAAAGGGGAGGUUUCAAAGCCGAAGAACACCAUCCCAACCGUGAAGCACGGGGGUGGCAGCAUCAUGUUGUUGGGUGCUUUGCUGCAGGAGAGACUGGUGCACUUCACAGAAGAGAUGCCAUCAUGAGGUAGGAAAAGUAUGUGGAUAUAUUGAAGCAACAUCUCAAGACAUCAAUCAGGAAGUUAAAGCUUGGUCGCAAAUGGGUAAUCCAAAUGGACAAUGACCCCAAGCAUACUUCCAAAGUUGUGGCAAAAUGGCUUAAGGACAACAAAGUCAAGUUAUUGGAGUGGCCAUCACAAAGCCCUGACCUCAAUCUCAUAGAAAAUGUGUGGGCAGAACUGAAAAAGCGUGUGUGAGCAAGGUGGUCUACAAACCUGACUCAGUUACACCAGCUCUGUCAGCAGGAAUGGGCCAAAAUUCACCCAACUUAUUGUUGGAAGCUUGUGGAAGGCUGCACAAAACGUUUUACCCAAGUUAAACAAUUUAAAGGCAAUGCUACCAAAUACUAAUUGAGUGUAUGUAAACUUCUGACACACUGGGAAUGUGAUGAAAGAAAUACAAGCUGAAAUAAGUCAUUCUCUCUACUAUUAUUCUGACAUUUCACAUUAUUCAAAUAAAGUGGUGAUCCUAACUGACCUAAGACAGGGAAUUGUUACUGCGAUUGAAUGUCACGAAUUGUGAAAAACUGAGUUUAAAUGUAUUUUGCUAAGGUGUAUGUAAACUUCCGACUUCAACUGUAUAUCUGUAUAAUUCAGAUGCUCACAUGUUGAGAAGUGUUUCGUUGUUAUGGAAACCAAAAGUGCGUUCUCAAGAAACCAAAACAUUUUUAUACUUUGAUUUGUUUGUGCCUGUGGUGUGAAAGUUUAUUGCAAACAAUUGUGAAAAGUUUUUUUUUUACAUCAUGAAUUUGACUAAUUUGACUGUACUUCUAGGAACUUUUAUUGUAGACGUAGGAAGAUGUGCCUGUUAUUUAUUGUAAAUUAUUUGCGUUACUUUAUAUUUGGAGAAUCAUGUAAGAGUUUAUUGUGGUUAUUGGCAAAUUUUGUGGUGAAUCCUUGGGUUGUUUUUUUUCUUUGUUACUUCUGGGUAAUUUUGAUGGUUUAGCUGUAGACUUCACAACAUAAUUUUUUUGUAUGUUCUUUUUCUGGGUAGCAUUGGGUAGUUUUUGAUACUUUUAUACUUCGUAGAAUUUUUUUAUCGUGUCUAUUGCUGGGACUGUUUCCUUUUUUAAAUGAUCAAAACACAGAUAAUAAAAAGACAAGGAUAUAAAAUCA